AUGAUCACCCCCCUCGUCCAAUCCCCAGCAUCCCCCGCCGACCUCCUCCACUACAUCGUCUCCUACCAAACCUACCCCACGACCCUCCUCAUCUGCGCCUCCCGAGCCGACUUCCUCGCGAGCCUCCAGCAAGACAUCCACGCCCAGCUGACAACGCCCGCCCUCGACACAGAGCCAGCACGCACCCUCCAACCCACCUCCGCGUCGCCGCUGCUCCAAGCCCCCCUCUACCAAGUCGCCGUCGCCAAACACAUCCGCAUCGCCUUCCUCCCCACCGUCGCCCACCUACGCGCCUACCUCGCCGCCUUUUCGCCGCACGACCCCGCCAAGGUCGCAGCCCCGCCGACGGCAGACGGCCCGCCGACGGCCCCCGGACGAAGACCGCCCCCUGCUGCUCGUCUACGGCCUGCUCGCGCUGCACCGCGAGACGAGCGAGUGGAGCGCCCAGGGCAUAGGCAGCAUUGUGUGAUACCUCGAAUGAGCGCGAGUGCUGGCUUGUUCCUGUCUUUUUUGAGGGUGCCGUUUUACUAA